CUGCAUCGAAUCGAAAAGUCGAUUGCGUGUCGUCUUCUCCAGCUGGGGGGGUACGAAGUAGGAAACGUUAGUAGGAGAAUAUGAACGUGGGGAGGCUCUAGCCGACCGACCGGUUGUGCCGGCUGCGGUUGCCCGUUCGUAUUUUGGGGGGAGGGUGGAAGGACAAAAAAAAAAGAGAGGGCAGAGGCGAUAAGACAACAGGUGAGAGGCGGCGGCGGCGACGAUGACGCCCCCAUAAGUGCCGGCUCUGCUGCAUGGGACGGAGCUCGGCUCUUUUCGCUUCUUUUCUUCCUCUCUCGUUCACUCUCUCUCGGUUAUGAACAUUUUGCCCUUGUUCUUCUCCCCCUGCUUUUAUUACGUCCCAAUUUGCAAUGAAUUGGAUUGGGCGUGUUCCAGCGUUGAUGAGCAUGAGCUUGUAGCCCCCCCGGACUGUUGUUGUCAUUGACUUGCACGACGUCUGACACUAGCAACCGCUGUGACACGCAACCGACCGUCACACAGAGAGAAAGGAAACGAGGAAGAGAGAGGAAACACGACAGAGAGGGACGAGACGCAGCAGGCAAGCAGUUCCGGAAAAGAGCACAGGCAUCGACUUCAGCAUGUCGCCCAGCCAGAUCCUCAACAAGCCGCGCCUGGUGGUGAUGGGGUCGAGGGAGUACGCCGUGGACGACUACGUGGCCGACUUUGAAAAGGACUUUGACUUUACGAUACUCGACGCGCAGAACCGCCAAGAGGCACUCGUCAAGCUCCCCCAGCUGGUCAAGCAGCUAGGCGCAGUCGACGCGCUGCUCAUCCGCGUCGGGACCGCCGAGUUCGAGCCCUUCGACGAGGCCCUCCUCGGCCCGCUGGUGCCCGCGGGGUGCCGCAUCAUCGCCUCGGCGUCGGCCGGGUACGACGAGUUCGACGUCGAGUGGAUGACGCGCAGCGGCAUGUGGUUCUGCAACACGCGGUCGGCCGUGUGCGAGGCGACGGCCGACAUGGCCAUGCUGCUGACCCUGUCGGUGGUGCGCGACGCCUUCCGCGCCGAGCGCGGCGCCCGCUCGGGAGCCUGGAAGACGGGCGGCAUCGUGCCGAGCCGCGACCCGUCGGGCAUGACGUUGGGCAUCGUCGGCAUGGGCAGCAUCGGCAAGCUCGUGGCCAAGAAGGCGGCGGCGUUCAACAUGCGCGUGCGGUACUGGAGCCGCACGCGCCUGGGCAUCGACGACGAGGCCGAGUACAACGCGCGGCACUGCGCGACCCUGCACGAGCUGCUGGCGAGCGCCGACGUGGUGUCGCUGCACUGCCCGCUGACGCCCAAGACCGAGGGGCUCAUGUCGCGCGCCGAGUUUGCCGCCAUGAAGCCGGGCGCCUUUCUCGUCAACACGGCGCGCGGGGCGCUCGUCGAUGAGGACGCGCUCGUGGAGGCGCUCGAGAGCGGCAAGGUCGCGCGCGCGGGGCUGGAUGUCUUUUGCGACGAGCCCAACAUCAAGGAGUACUUUCGCACCAGCGACAAGGUGGUGUGCAUGCCGCAUGCCGGGGCCAUGACGGACGAGGCGUUUCGCAGAGCGGAGAGGGAGUGUCUGGAGAACCUGCGCGCGUGGCUGCGGACGGGCACGCCGGUGAGUCCGGUGAACCGGAUCGUCGUGCAGGCGCGGGAGCAGCGUGAUGAAGACGAGGAAGAGGAGGGGGAGGGGGUCACGGAGUGAUGAUGGGGUCCGGGAUUCAGGGGGAGGGGGGGUUGAUGUUGCGCGAUGCUGUCCACGAAAAAAGGGGGCACGAGAUUUCACAUCUGUUACGAUACGGCCAACCAAAAAAAUUGA